AUGAAGAAUUCUUUGGCCCUCCUCACCUUGGCUGCUGGCCUCAGCCAGGUUACGGCUACUGGCUUCGGCUUCCACAACGCCCCUUCCUUCUCAUGCCCAGAUAACACCGACAACAAGUGCACAGACAAGCAGUCCAAGGGUUUCGACUUUGGCGAUCUGAACCUUGGUGGCUUCUCCAACUAUGGUGGCUUCAACUGGGCUGGCUUCAGCUGUGAGAGUGGCUUCGGCAAGCGUGACGGCCUGCAGCGACGCACUGUCAACUCCAAGUGCAUUACUGGAAAGGCUUCGAGCUCGAAGCAGUCGUCGCCCUCGUUCGGUUGCGAUACCAAGUCUGGUGUUGACAAGACCUCCGUCAAGGAGUUCCACGUCUACCCCGAGUUCGACUGCGACCUCGAGUUCCACUACGACAUGCCUGACGGCUCCAGCUGCAAGCACCGAUCUCCCUGCUCGUCCAAGGGUACGAUUGUGAAGAACUCCCAGUGCGGUGGUGCCAAGAACGUCACCAUCGUCUACCCAAGCCAGCCCAGCAAGCCCAAGCCCACUUGCUCGUUCGCUGUUCCCUCCAUCUCCUUCGGCUGCAGCACCGCCUCUUCCACCAAGACCGUGAGCACUGUCAGCAGCACUUCCACCGCCAAGGUAUCCACCACCUCGAGCAGCGCCGUUCAGACUACCUCGUCGUACCCUGCUGGCUCCCCCUCGACCUUUUCCGCCACCACCAGCGGCAAGGCCUCCACCUCCACCUCUGCCGUUGUCACCUCGUCUGCUCCCAGCAGCACCUACGCCGUCUCGACCAGCAAGGUUGAGUCGUCUAGCAGCAAAGUCGAGUCCUCCAGCACCAAGGUUGAGUCUUCGACCACCAAGGCUGAGUCCACCACCGUCGCUUCCUCCACCAAGGUUGAGUCUACUACUGAGGCUACUACGAUCACUUCCGUCACCAGCUACAUGACUACCUCGACUAUCCUGUCGACCGUUGUCUCCACUAUCACCAGCUGCGGUCCUUCCGUCCCCAACUGCCCUGCCAGCUCGACUGCCUUGACCACCCUGACCGUCUCCGUCGGCACCACCGUCUGCCCCGUCACCGAGACCUUCACUACUGUCACCAAGCCCACUGGAGUGCCUACCGAGAAGCCCAGCACUGAGAAGCCUACUGAGCAGCCCAGCACCGUUGUCACCAGCUCUGCUACUGCCCCUGUUGCUUCUUCCAGCACUUCGCCUGCCGGUCCCGUUGAGACUCUCCCCUGCCCCCAGGUCGUCCCCUCUUGCUUGAACACCUGGAUGUUCAGCGUUGGCUGCAGCUCCAACACUGACACUGCCUGCUACUGCCCCGACGCCAAGUUCGUCCAGAACGUCUUCACCUGCCUGUACGCCUACGGUGAGACUGACGAGAUCAUCUCCGAGGCUGUUACCUACUUCCAGGGCAUCUGCGGUGGCUUCAUCCCCACCAACCCUGGCAUUGCCACUGGCGCCGACAGCAUCACCAGCGUUCUGACUGCUACUGCCACCACUGCUCCUUCUGCUGUCUACACCACCGUCAUUGUCGACGUCACCACUGUUGUCCCUUGCACCACUGAGGGUGGCGCUACCAUCCCCAGCUCCAGCAGCACCAUCACCAUCAGCACUCAGGUCACCGUUCCUCAGGUUGGAUUCACCACCAUCAGCGGUGGUGCCAGCGCGAGCUCCGUCGCUGUGGUUCCUGGCACUUACAGCGCCGUCAUCCCCACUGCCACUGCCACCGGCACUGGCGCUGGUGCUGUUCCCCCUUACCCGACCGGUGCCAGCACUCUGGUCACCGCCAAGCCCAGCGGAACUGGCGCAUUGAAGCCUUCCAGCACGACCGGAACCGCCUUUGCCACUGCUGGCGCCGCCCAGGUGGGCGCUGGCCUCGGCUUCUUCGGUUUCGCCGCCAUCGCCGUUGCUGCUUUCUAA